GGAAACUGAAAACAUUUAGCAGCGGUUGCUGUGAACAAGCCCCACCUCUGCAGGUGGAUGUGACCGGCUGAACGGUGGCGAGAGAGGACAACAACAUGGGACUGCUGUCUGACCCAAACAGGAGACGGGCUUUGAUCAGCCUGCUGACCCGCCUUAAUGCUCCAAUCUGUGUGGUCUGCUACAUGGCGGGUGUGGCCUGGUUCAUGGGGUUAGCGUUCGAGCCGUUCACUCUGCGGACAUACAUGUCAGAGAAUGCCAUGGGGUCCACCAUGGUGGAGGAGCGCUUUCCAGCCGGGGAGAGGGCGCUGGCCACAGGCAGAGAGUUUGCAGCUCAUAAGAAGAAAGUAGGUGGGAUGCCCGUAGACUGGCUGGUGAAGACCAUGCAGUCUCGAGGGCUGGAGGUGUUCACCCAGCAGUUCUCUCGCACGCUGCCCUUCCCUGACGAAAACAAAGAGAGAUAUAUGGUAAAAGGCACAAAUGUGUAUGGGAUCCUUCGGGCCCCGAGAGCUCCGCGGACUGAGGCCCUGGUCCUGAGUGCGCCCUGCAGCCCUGGAGAUACCAACAACCAGGCAGUGGGGCUGCUGCUCGGCUUGGCACAGUACUUCAGGAGCCAGGUUUACUGGGCCAAGGACAUCAUCUUCCUGGUGAAUGAGCAUGAUCUGAUUGGGAUGCAGGCCUGGCUGGAGGGAUACCAUCACACCAACACGACAGGUAUGGACUGGUCUCCUCUACAAGGCCGUGGUGGUUCGAUCCAGGCAGCUCUGUCCCUGGAGCUCAGCAGUGAUGUCAUCACCAGUUUGGACCUGAUACUGGAAGGCCUCAACGGCCAGCUCCCCAACCUGGAUUUAGCCAACCUCUUCUACGCCUUCUGUCAGAAGAUUGGAGUCCUCUGCACCACCCAGGGCAAGUUGCAGAGGAACGACUGGGACAGUGUGUCCGGCUACAGCCACGCAGUCCAGACCAUGAUGCUGAUGGUGAUGAAGCAGGCCAGUGGGCGGCCCUGGGGCGAUCACGGCCUGUUCCUGCGGUACCACAUUGAGGCUGCCACCAUAAAAGGCAUCAACAGUUUCCGUCAGUACAAGACUGACGCCACAACUGUUGGCAGGCUGAUGGAGGGAAUGUACCGGAAGCUGAAUAACCUCCUGGAGCGCCUUCACCAGUCCUACUUCUUCUACCUCAUGCCGUCUCUCUCUCACUUUGUCUCCAUUGGUUACUACAUGCCAGCCUUCGGACUCCUCGCUGUCAUCCUGCUGCUUCGUGCCUUAGACCUGUGGGUUCAACUUGCAACUCCACCACCAAGGACAGAAGACGGAGACGUUGACCCUGAGCAGGUAUCCAGUCCAGGAGUGCUGUCGGUGCUGACUCCUCUGGUGAUCAGCCACCUGACCGGAGUCGCUCUGUACACGCUGCCGAUCCGUUUUCAGGAGAUAGCUUUGGAACACUUCCCGGUGUCUGAGACUGAGGCUGUGGUCCUGACAGCUAUUGCUGUUUACACAGCAGGCCUGGCUCUGCCUCAUAAUACACACAGGCUUGUGUCCGGCGCGGGGACGGAGCAGGGCUGGAAGGUGCUGAAGCUGGUGGCGGUGCUGUACCUGGCUGUGCUGCUAGGUUGCACUGCCCUCAUCAACUUCUCCCUGGGCUUCAUCCUGGCUAUCACCCUGGUGCCAGUGGCUGCCUUCAUCACACCCCAUGUACCAAAGUUCCUAUCGGCCUUCAUCCUGAUCAUUCUCAGCCCGGCCUGCACGCUCCUCUUUUCUGUCUUUUUGUUCCAAGAGCUGCAGGAAAUGCCCAUCACUUUCUUCGAAGGUUGGAUGCUCUACCUGUCAGUCAUCUCUCAGGGCAUCCUGGACCACUUCCUGUAUGGCUCUCUGGUUUACCCGCUCAUAGCCAUGCUCGUCUAUCCUUGCUGGCUGCUCUUCUGGAAUAUCCUCUUCUGGAAGUAAAUGCUGAGUCAUACAGGACUACUGAAGGCUUUUUAGGAGGAGGAACUAAAAACCCUCUGAGUUGUUCUCAGGUUUGUCUUCACUGGGUGAAUGUGGACGACGGAUAAAUCCUCUGGAGAGAUCAGAAAAAAGGAAUAUCUAUAGUUGACUUGGAAAGAAUGCAGUGACUCCCUUUGUUUGGACAUUUUGUUGGUAUUUCACUCUUAAACCAGUGAAGAAAAACUAUGCUUUCUUGGUAAACUCAGCAAAAUGGACUGUUUUGUACUGAACAUCUCACUUACAAUUAAUACAUGUGGAAAAAGGGACGGUUUUUUGACAAGCAGCUAUAUAUUUCAUGAUUGGGUUGCUUUUGGUAAAAUGAUUUGUUCUAUGGGUUUCUUUGUUUGUGGUACAUAAAAAAAUGAAUGCAAUGUUUUUUUUCUUUGUCAGGUAGGACAGUAAUGGAUGAAAGACAGACACUGUGGUAACACUGCCUGUUGGUCGUCUGCCUCCCGUGAGAUGUAUGUACAUCUGCAGCUUAUAUUUUUAUAUUUGUUUUUGAAACAUGUUUAUUUCAUAUUUAUGAAUGCCAAAUUAAAAAGACUAAAAGCA